GCCGCCCGGCCCGGCCCGGUGCGGCCUCGGGAGGGAGCACGGAGCCGCCUCCGGGCCCGGGCCCGGCGCUCGCCGAGAUGCCGCUGCUGGUGAACGGAGCGCGGGUGGACCUGUCCCGGCCCACGGGGGACAUGAUCCGCGCACACCCGCACCUCGAGGAAAAGGCAAAGCUUCUGAGAAGUCAGCCUGCUCAGACUGUGGAACCCAAAGGCCUCCUCUAUGUCCAGCAGAGAGAGUUUGCAGUGACCACUCCCAAAGAUGGUUCUGUUUCUAUUCUUGGAUCAGAUGAUGCAACUACCUGCCACAUAGUUGUGCUCCGACACACAGGCAGCGGAGCCACCUGCCUGACACACUGCGACGGGUCGGACACUGAGGCCGAGGUGUCGCUCAUCAUGAGUUCAGUAAAGUCUCUCUCAAACACCACGGGCUGUGGCAGGCUGGAAGUGCACCUAGUUGGAGGUUUCAAUGAUGAUAGGCAGUUAUCACAAAAACUUACUAAUCAGCUUCUUAGAGCGUUUGAUCUCCAGCCAGAUGAUGUUCACUUAGUGACCUUCUGUGUAACAGAACUAAAUGAUAGAGAAGAACAGGAUAUUCACUUUCCAAUCAUUUAUGGAAUAGCUGUGAAUGUUAAAACAGCAGAGAUUUUCCCUGCAACCUUCCCAGAAAAAGGGCCGGAUGAGGAUUUGCGUUCAGCCCAUGUUUUAACAGGAGCACCAGUGAGUAAAAAUAAUGGGGGGGGAAAACGGUAUUUUUGUCAGAAGGGGAGACCAGUUGGGACAAUGAAAUAUCCAAAGUUUGAGGAAACAAAAUCCUUUGGUAGCAUUCUCUGGGUUCUGGGUUUGCUGUUACUGUUUAAUGUCAUGUUUGUCAGAACUGGUUCAAGGAAGGGCUGAGCUGGCCCACGGUCAG